UUUCUAGACGGUUCCCCACCCGAGAGAAACAAAGACGGUGCCAUUUUCCAAAAUUCAACCCACCGGAGCAGCAAAAUCAUCGGUGAAACUCGUUACCGAUCAAAGCUGUAAGCGGAGCUGAAGGGCUGAAGUCUAUGGCCAUGGAAACCGACGCCACCGCCGCCGCUCCUCAGUUGACCGCCCUUGCUGACACGGAUAUUAACUGGGCCAGGCUGGACAAGACAAGGUUUCAUGUUAUAGGGGCUAUCCUGUUUACUGCCCAGCAGGCCUUGUUACAUCCAACAGCAGUUGUGAAGACCAGAAUGCAGGUAGCUGAUUCUGGGUUUGCUCACAUGCGUGGAGUAACGGUUUUCAAGCAUAUACUGAGGAAUGAUGGCAUCCCUGGGAUUUUUCGGGGUUUUGGAACUUCUGCUAUUGGAUCACUGCCUGGUAGAGUCUUGAGUUUAACAUCGCUUGAAAUGUCAAAGGAAUUGAUGUUCAAAUAUACUGAGCAUCUAGAUAUGCCAGAAGCAACGCGGGUUGGCCUUGCAAAUGGAGUGGCAGGCAUGAUGUCAAACAUAAUCUCUUGUGCGUGCUGGGUUCCUUUGGAUGUGAUAUGUCAGAGACUUAUGGUCCAAGGACUUCCUGGAACGACAUUUUGUAAUGGUCCUUCUGAUGUUGUACGUAAAGUAAUAAAGACUGAAGGGCUUCGUGGACUGUAUAGAGGCUUUGGGUUAACUGUUGUGACCCAGUCUCCAGCAUCUGCACUUUGGUGGGGUGUGUACGGUGCUGCUCAACACAUGAUUUGGAGGAGCUUGGGCUAUAGAGAUGACAUGGAGAAGAAGCCGUCUCAUACAGAGAUGGUGACAGUACAAGCCACAGCAGGAAUGAUUGCUGGUGCUUGCUCUUCAGUAAUUACCACUCCUAUUGACACAAUAAAGACAAGACUACAGGUCAUGGAUAACUAUGGUGUUGGAAGACCAUCAGUACUUAAGACAACCAAAACACUUCUGGAGGGAGAUGGUUUAUGGGGCUUCUAUAGAGGGUUUGGACCUCGAUUUUUAAAUAUGUCACUCUAUGGAACCACAAUGAUAGUCACCUAUGAACUGAUAAGUAUGUUGACCUCUCUCCUAUCUUAUUUUUAAUAUCUGCAGACCCAGAGCUUGACUGUGCACGUAUAAGGACAUUGUUUGGUUUCCAAUCUGCCAAUUAUCUGUUCUAGAUCAAACAGGUUCACUUCCCUAUUUUGAAACAACAGAUUUUUUAUCUCUGAAAUCUUUGACAUCACACAAAUUUUUACCAUCUUUGUCUAGGAUGGUGAAAUGUUGGAAAAUGCAGUCAUAUUUUAAACCCCAUAAAUAGAUUAGAUUGCCUGUUUCACUUCAGCUCUGGAUCAGCCCGUUUAGAUUUUAAAUAUACAACUGCUAACAUAUCUCUUUCUUUGUUUUCCUGAUGCCUUUAACUAAGCAGAGAGAUUGUCUGUAAAAGAAUGAAUGACAAUUUCAGAGAAAGACACUGGUUUGUUGUAUUGCAGUAGUUUCCAGAAGUCAAAGCAUUUUGAUUAGGGCACCUCACAACUCACAAUCACAUUUCUGAAAAAGGAGAAGGGGGAGAAGUCUCCAGAUUUCAAAUGGCGGCAGCAUGACUGGUUUAAGCAGUCUUUUUCAGAUAGGUUUUAUCUCAGAUUUCUCCAUUCCCUGCUGUUUCUGCUGGGGUAUAAUUUUGGCACUCAUUCUUUAGAAUUUAGCUGUUUCAUCUUGUUUCCUAUGUAACAAACAAAAGAAAAGAAAAAAUGAAAAGGAAAAUUUCUCCUUUUUCUGUUACAGUCUUCUUAGAAUUGUGAAAUAAUGUUGCCCUUACAUU